AGUCUGCAGUCAAAGAGCAAAACUAGUUACACUAAGGUGAUUCAGGAACUGUUCACGGUGGUUCCUGGAGAAGGACACUACUCAGACGCUGGUCCUGAUCGCUGCAGAACCUGUGCUGUGGUGGGAAACUCUGGAAAUCUCCUGGGAACCAAAUAUGGAAAGCUUAUUGACAACCAUGACUUUGUGUUUAGGAUGAAUAAGGCGCCGAUUAAAGGCUAUGAGAAGGAUGUGGGGUCCAGAACGACCCACCGUAUCAUGUACCCAGAAAGUGCCACUCAUCUGGACAACAGCACCCACCUGCUGCUGGUGCCCUUCAAAACACUGGACCUCCAGUGGCUCACCAGCACUUUAACUAAUGGGACCAUCAAGCGAACACGAAUGAAGGUUAUCAACAAGUUACAAGCCGACAAGAACAAGGUGAUGGUAAUGCACCCUGCAUUCAUGCAUUACGUGCACAAUACAUGGCUGCAUAUUAAAGCUCGAAGAUCUUAUCCAUCCACCGGUAUCCUCGUGUUAAUCUUCGCCCUCCACAUCUGCGACCAGGUCAGCGUGUUUGGCUUUGGCGCAAACAGCAAAGGAUAUUGGUAUCACUAUUUCGAAAAGAUGCCCAAGUUCUUCUGGCGCACCGGCUUACACAGUGGAGGAAUUGAGCAUGACGUCAUUAAAGAGCUUCAGAAAAGAAAACUGAUCGAUCUUUACAAAGGAUGGUGAGGAGGACCAUGAGCUUGAGAUGUUAUUAAAUGAAAAUUGAUUGGUACUUUAUGAUAAGUGUAUUGUGAUAUAAAAGUCGAAGUCUGAAUUAUGAGCCCCCCUGUAUAUUUUAUACUCCAUUUCUGUUUAAUGGAGAGAUUAUUUAUUCAACACGUUUCUAAACAUAAGUUUUAAUAACUCAUUUCUAAUAACUGAUUUAUCAUCUUUGCCAUGAUGACAUGCAACUAAAUAUCAUUAGAAUAUUAGCAGACUGUUUAUUUCUGCUCCAAUUUACAAGUACAAGCCAACUGAGGGUCGCAAAUCUGUCUGAUAAUUAAAAAAUCCAUAUCAUUUAUGAAUAUUUGGCAAAUUUAGCAAGAAUACAGCCUUUUAUAAUAAUAAUAAUAAUAAUAAUAAUAAUAAUAAUAAUAAUAAAAUGUAUGGUAUAUAGCGCUUUUCUAGAUACUCAAAGCACUUUACACAAUGGGUGGAAUCUCCUCAUCCACCCAGGUGGAUGCUGCACUGGUGAUGACACGACAGCAACCAUAUUGCUGCCCGCACAUAAGCUUAUUGGUGAAGAGGAGACCGAGUGAUGAAGCCAAUUAUGAUAUGGGAAUUGUUAGGAGGCCAGUUGGAAUUUAUGGCCAGGAUGCCGGGGUUAAACCCCUACUCUUUUUUUUUUCAAAGGACAUCCUGGUGUUUUUAACAACCACAGAGAGCCAGGACCUCAGUUUAAGGUCUCAACACCACUUCCGACAGCAACCGAGCUUUACCAUGUGGUCUCCUAUGCUGGUACUGACCAGUCACCGCCCUGCUUAGCUUUAGUGGGAGGCCAUGUGAGAGUUACAGAUAGCUAGCUAGCUAGCUUCUUGCCUUGAAUUGUUUACUUGCUACAUAACGUCAAUGUAAAAUGAUAGAUGUGCAUAAUUAUGAAAAAUUUAGUAAUCCUAACAGUUCUAAGUUGCGUUGGGAUUGGUCACUUUUUUUAACUAAUCGCUUUUUACAGUGUCAAACAUAAGUGUAGAAGUUUACAUUGUUGACCCACAGAUGUCCUUUCCAACUUAAUCUUAACCUAAUCUUAAAAGCAUUGAAAAUGUUUAACUUUGCGAAGCCCAUAACUUAAAUAGCCAGUCAUAGCAGUGGGCAUUAACUACAUUUAUUUAAAUUUAAUUUAAGCUUUAACUGACUUAAAACAGCUUGCAUAACUUAUCAAAUUAAGUUAAUCAUGAUUAACUUAGUUUAAUAAGUUACAAUGAACUAAACUUUUUUUACUGUGUAAAUUGUGAUUUUGAGCUCAGAGAAGAUUACAACAUAUUACAAACUUUCCUUGUGUUACAAAAACCACUUUCUAUUCAUCAGAGCAACCUUAAUAAAAUGAAUCAGAGUUUCCACUUAUAAGACAUGAAUGGAAUAUAAGACAUGAGUGGUUGAAGUGAAAGUGUGAAACUGAAAGUUCAGCUUUGCAUCACAGGAAUAAAAAGAAAAGCAUGGUCAGACACAUUAAAAUGGAAAGCAGUUAAUAAAUGUUAUUUAAAAAAAAUUUAAAUGUUAUUUUAAUCAGACUUCUCAGUGGUUUUAAUCAAAUCAGUGCAAUUUUUGUGAGAUUUCAUAAAUUCUUACCGACACCAAACAUUUUGACUUGAAUUAUGUUUACACUGAAUGAAAUGACAGUAUGAAUGAAUAAAAAUAAAUUAUUUUUGGAGUUUUAAAUUAUAUUGUAGUUAUUUAUUUAUUUAUUUUUCAGUUAUAGUUAUGUUGGAAAUAAUUCUGUUUAUGUUUCACUACCACUGAAAAGGAGUGGCUGUAUUUGGGCCUGUUUAAGACUUAACAUUUUGUUCUACCAAAUCUGUAUAUCCACAUAGUUCUUACGCAGACAAGUAAGCGAUUGUUAAUCCUACAUGCGCAAGUAUCAUUAGGACACGCCUCCAGUGAAACAUAAAUGGUCAUACAGUAGCUGCAUUCAUAAACACUACAUUGUUUCUCACACUUGUCACAGUUGACUUGUAUAAGAUUUGACAGCAGUUACGCAACUUGUGCUUAAACCUGUCAGUUUCCAAUAGUCUUCAAUGUACCUUCUUUUGUGUUCAACAACAACAACAAAAGAGAAAUGAGUGACAUAAUUUUCUUUUUUUUUUUGGUGAACUAUCACUUUAAGUGUUAAAAGUCAUUUAAACAUCUCAAAGCCUUUUUAUUAGUUGUCUUUGUGAUUGAUGAAGUGAAGUGUGAAGCUCCUGAAUAGGCCUUCAGUAGGAAUGCAUGCAAUUCUGUUUAAUUUGUUCAUACAGUACAUAUUCAGCCACGCCACUGUUAAAUAAACUGUUGGCGUUCAUCUAAAAGGGCGAAGCGAACUGCUGUAGGCACGGCAUAUUUGUUGUAAAUAAGUAUUGACAUGUUUGGCAAAUUAGUAGGCCUGAAGCUGUUUUAUUGUAUGCUGAAUGUGUCACUGUCACAUUAAUUGGCCACACAUAUAAAGCUCAAUUGAUCUUG